UACACCAACACCCAGAUACGCUCGCCUCCCAGAAGAGCACAGUGACCGGGCGUCUCCCUCUCUCUCUCCCUCUCUCUCUCUCCCUCUUUCUGCUGUCCAUCUCAUAGUCCUUCUCCCACCUUCCUUCUCUGUUUUACAGCCGUUUUUGGGCUGUACCCCAAAACCAUCUCCUCCUGCACCCACCCCACCCUAUACCCCUGACCUUCCUCCUGUCCCAGCUCCUGUGGUCAUCCAGUCCCGUCCCUGCCCCGUACGGUGCCACCCACCCCCCCCCCCUUGCUGUAGCGCUGUACCCCAUUUCUGGGUUGCCAUGGCGUUCUUCAUGAAGCAGAUGGUGGGGGACAAGCUGAAGAACAUGACGGGCGGAGGAGGCGAGGAGGAGGCGAAGACGGACGCGGACGGGAAGGAGACGCCUCAGUCCAAGGGCAUGUCCCGCGAAGAGUUUGAGGAGUACCAGAGGCAGCUGGUGGAGGAGAAGAUCCAGCGGGAUAAGGAGUUUGCCAUGCGGAAGGCGGAGAGGGCGAACCUGAGGGUGGCACUGAGGGAUAAGUACCGCCUACCGGAGAGUGCCCAGGAUGAUGCCACUAUUCAGAUGGCGCCGGGGGAAGUGGACCUGCCCGAGGAGCUGGCUAAGAUGGUGGAGGAGGAUGAGGAGGAGGAAGAGGCCAACAGCACGUUCCUGGGGAAGCUGCAGAGCAUGGAUCUGGACAUGGACUUCGACACCAUCAAAAGCAAAGCGCAGACCACCAUGACCGAGGUCAAGCAGGCCGCGGAGGAGAAGUGUGUGGUCAUGUGAUGCUCCCUCGUUUCCACGGUUACGCUGACACACCCAUCACUCAACUGCUGUGACACCCUCUAACCACAGCCACCCUGCUGAACCUCCCUCCAAUCACAAUGUGUGUGUGUGUGUGUAUGUGUGUGCGCGCGUGUGGGCACAAGUGUCAGUGUGUGUGUGUGUGUAUGUGUGUGCGCGCGUGAGUGUGUGUGUGUGUGUGUAUGUGUGUGGGCGCGUGAGUGUGUGUGUGUGUGUGUGUGUGUGUGUGUGCGUGUGUGGGCACAAGUGUCAGUGUGUGUGUGUGUGUGUGUAUGUGCGUGCAGAAAUAAAUCUCUCAAAAUUAUUGUCAAACUGUGACGCACUCACACCCCAUUAACACUAGAGGGCGCGUCACUCCUGAUGGCUGUUAGCCUGCUGCAGCGCUUUGUGGACACACCAGCACAUCUGGGUCCUCAGCUGGGAUUCAGAACUCACAGCUGGGCUGUGGAAGGGAUGGGGGGGAGGGGGGCGUCAAAAGGCGACGCGUAAAAAAUAAAUACCUGUACAUACGCUUGAAAACUUUCUAUCCACAUUCACAGCAGUCAGAUUAAGUGCUGUUACACUACACCACUAAUCACGAUGUUGUGUCGUUAUUCUAUACGAUAAAAGCCAUCUGGGCUCACAUCCAUGAGGACGGGGUCGCAGGAAACACAAGCUCCUUAAGCGGGUCGUUCGUUAAAGGCUCGUUCGUUAACUGGGCUGUUUGUUAAGUGGGCUGUUUGUUAAGUGGCUCGUUCGUUAAGUGGGCUGUUUGUUAAUUGGGCUGUUUGUUAAGUGGGCUCGUUCGUUAAGUGGGCUGUUUGUUAAUUGGGCUGUUUGUUAAGUGGCUCGUUCGUUAAGUGGGCUGUUUGUUAAUUGGGAUGUUUGUUAAGUGGGCUCGUUCGUUAAGUGGGCUGUUUGUUAAUUGGGCUGUUCGUUAAGUGGGCUCGUUCGUUAAGUGGGCUGUUUGUUAAUUGGGCUGUUUGUUAAUUGGGCUGUUUGUUAAGUGGGCUCGUUCGUUAAGUGGGCUGUUUGUUAAGUGGGCUGUUUGUUAAUUGGGCUGUUUGUUAAGUGGGCUCGUUCGUUAAGUGGGCUGUUUGUUAAGUGGCUCGUUCGUUAAGUGGGCUGUUUGUUAAUUGAGCUGUUUGUUAAGUGGUUCGUUCGUUAAGUGGGCUGUUUGUUAAUUGGGCUGUUUGUUAAGUGGGCUCGUUCGUUAAGUGGGCUGUUUGUUAAUUGGGAUGUUUGUUAAGUGGGCUCGUUCGUUAAGUGGGCUGUUUGUUAAUUGGGCUGUUUGUUAAUUGGGCUCGUUCGUUAAGUGGGCUGUUUGUUAAUUGGGCUGUUUGUUAAGUGGGCUGUUCGUUAAGUGGGCUGUUUGUUAAGUGGGCUGUUUGUUAAUUGGGCUGUUUGUUAAGUGGGCUCGUUCGUUAAGUGGGCUGUUUGUUAAGUGGCUCGUUCGUUAAGUGGGCUGUUUGUUAAAUGGCUCGUUUGUUAAGUGGGUGGAGGGUGCGGACCAUCAGUAAACAGAGGAAAGAGUGUGACUCAGCCCGGGUUGGGCUCUGGUCUGGGAAACGGCCCGAUCAGCGGGUCAGCAGAGUCCUGCCGUCCGAUGUCAGGCCUUCAUUCAUCUUCAUCAUAACUGGCUUUAUCAGUUCAUCUUCAUCAUAACUGGCUUCAUCUGUUCAUCUUCAUCAUAACUGGCUUCAUCAGGCUUUGCUGAAGCUGCAAUGAUGAGGACCAACUGUUGGAUGGUCAUCUCAGACAGGCCUAUUUCAGAGACUGCUUUACUUUGCUUGUCGGCAGGUUUAGCCCAGAACUCUCUGACUCGUGCAUAAACAUGGCAGGUUUAGCCCAGUGUCGUUUCAUCUUUCCCUGUGAAAAAUGAAGAAUAAACUGCGCUUUCUGCCCUUCAAGUAGUUCAACAUGAUCGUGGAUUUGCUCCUGCUGAUAAGUACCGAAUUUGUACAGAACUGAAAUGAACUAAAACAAAUAAAGUAUUGUAAAAGUG